AUGGAGCUCUUCCACCUCUACACGCUAUGUGCCAUCCUCAUCGUCUCUUCCCUGUACCUCCGCUUCUUCUUCGCCGGCAGCCGCCGCAACCUUCCCGCGGGCCCCCGCCCGCUGCCUCUCGCUGGCAGCCUCCUCGACCUCGGUGCCCACCCACACCGCUCCCUCGCGCGACUCGCGGCGCGCCACGGCCCGCUCAUGGCGCUGCGCCUCGGGUCGGUCACCACGCUCUUCGCGCCGCAACGCCUCGACGCGCACCAGGCCCUCCGCCGCGGCAAGGUGCAGCGGCUCGUGUCGCACGUGGCCGGGCUGGCGCGCCAAGGCGCGGCCGUCGACGUCCGCCGCUUGGCCUUCACGACGGCCCUUAACCUGCUCUCCUGCACCAUCUUGUCCGCCGACCUUGACCUUGAUGACCGCGGCGCGUCGGGUGAGUUCAUGGAGGUGAUCGAGGAGUUCCCGGUGGCCGUCGGGGCGCCGAACUUGUCGGACUUCUUCCCGGCAAUCGCGGCGUUGGACCCGCAGCGGCUGAGGGCGCGCCUCGUGAGGGUGUUCAAGAAGUUGCACGCCAUUUUCGACGAGCAGAUUGAGCGGCGCAUGCAGGAGCGACCGCCGGGGAUCCACCCAAGAACGACUUCCUGGACCUGUUGCUCGACUACCGCGGCGCGGAGGACGGCCGGGGCUUCGAUCGGCAAACGCUGCUGUCAUUGCUUACGCCUGGAGGUUCUCGCCGGCGAUGAUGGUGAGGUUGGUGAUGAUGGGCUUGGAGUUGAAGGUGAGCUCCCCGAGCGCGGUCCGGUACUGGCCGAGCAGCUCGUCGACCAGCGCUUGCUCGGCGACGCUGGUGGCGCCAUUGGAGGAAGCGGCGGCGGCUGCGCGAGGCGCGGCUUCUUGGUGCCACUGGGGUCGGGGCCCACGGUGGAUCUGCGGGCGGAGGCGGAGGCGGAGGCUUCCAUGGGGACCAUGGAGGCGGAGGCGCGCAUGACCGGCGGGUGGGCCGUGGGUGGGCGACAAGCUAGGCUCAAGUAUCUCCAGGCCAUCGUGAAGGAGACGUUCCGCCUCCACCCUCCGGCGCCAUUGCUGCUGCCCCGCCAAGCCGAAACGACGACGGAGAUCAGAGGCUACACGGUGCCAAAGGGCACGCGCGUCCUGGUGAACGUGUGGGCGAUCGGGCAGGACCGUGAGCUGUGGGCCGAGCCGGAGAAGUUCGUGCCGGAGAGGUUCCUGGAGAAGGAGAUCGAUUUCCGCGGCAGGGACUUCGAGCUCGUGCCGUUUGGGUCCGGCCGGAGGAUAUGCCCCGGGCUGCCGCUGGCUGCUCGCAUGGUGCACCUGAUGCUCUCGACCUUGCUGCACCGGUUUCAAUAG